AUGGCAGCAACUCCAGGCUCAGGACCAGGAUCGGCAUCUGGUUCUCUUUCUGCCCCCGGUUUCAGUUCUGGUUUAAGCCCACGUUUAUAUGUUGGACCCUUCGGUCGUAUGUUACCCACCACCGAUCGCCCAUCCUCGGAGCAGCAAUCCGAGCUUUCAGCUAAUUUACAAGAAUCCGGAGAUCCCCCAUAUCAGCUCCCGCCCCCCCGUGUACCGACCAGUUUACAAUUUGGAUCUGAUCCUUUCUCACGGCAGCAAGAUAGCCCCCAGGGCAAGGACAGUGCAAUACAUCAUCAGAAACCAGAGCAACUUCCCUCCGUGAGACAUAUACUUACUCCCGUACCGGGUCCUAAUUCACCACAAUACCCUCCACCAUUUGUAACUUCGACACCCCACAAUGGACGUCGGGAAUCUCCCUAUCCACCUCAUCAUCAGGAUCCGAUCUUCCAGCUUUCGCCAACCCCUGUACACGACAGAGGCCGCUCUGAAUCUCUCCCACAACCGCAUACCACUGGCCUGCCUCCAUUGUCGCAAGUAGCUCUACAUGGCCAUGGCCACGGAGGUAUGAGAAAUCACGUAUCUACAAGGAGCGACCCGUCCGCUGCGUCUUUCCCACACGGGCAGCUGCCAUUCCACACCACGCCCUCCCACGAACAAGUACCUAGUGGGGAGUUAUCAUCACCGGAAAGUUCAACCCGGUCACACAACCAGCCCAUUCGGCCUCAUGUGGUAGAUGAACGAGUUAUCGACGGGGAACUUUGCUUCGUAUACGCAGACGGAUCGUUCUGUCCCAAAUUCAUCGACGGAACACCCGUGAACGCUAAUUGGGGUGUAACAAAGGCUGGUAGGCCAAGAAAACGUCUUGGGCUUGCAUGUCUGACAUGCCGCGAGAAGAAGAUCAAGUGUAAUCCCAACCCGACCCCAGAGGCUAUGUGCGAUCAAUGCCGAAAGUCUGGACGGGAGUGCAGGUUCGAAAGUGCCCCGAGGGGUAACCGUGCCCCCCUGAGAAGAGGAUCAGCAGGGCCAUCUGGCAGACCAGACCAAUAUUCCGCCGCGAGUCAGAGCGCUUUAGACGUUUCCUACUCAUCUUACGAUAUCACUCGAGCCUCGGAGAGUGCAACCUCUCUUCCUGGCACUACCGGUCACUCACCGAUGUCAGAGGCCUCGAUGCUCACGCCAUCAGGUCAAGAACCCACCUAUGAAACCAUGGCCGAUGCAGACAGAGCUUUAAGAUCUCGAUCCUACCGCUUCCCACCACCUCUCGCCGGCGCAGAUGGCACCUUUGGACGACCCUCGGCAUAUAUCGAGACUAGUCGUUCGCCCGAAUACUCUGAAAUCCUGGGAGAACUCAAGGAUAACACCUCGGACGACCCACUCAUGGCCUCCUGGCACUUGGACCCGUACGAAAGUGACCCGGAGACGACAACGCACUAUACUGACUGUUAUUUCCUGCAUGUGAACAAUGGUUUGUAUCAUAUGUUCCCGCAUGGACGAUUCGGUGUAUGGUUGAAGACGUACCCCACCAAGUCUGCCGAAGACAAGAUGCUUCUUUACUCUAUGAUGUCUCUUGGAUCCGUCUUUUCAGACAGGCCAGACAAAAUGACAGCCAUGAGACGAUACUCUCGCAUAGCACGCUUUGCUAUCAACAAGAGCCAACAUGCACUCUCUUUGCAACUUGCCCAAAGCCAUAUCAUAAUGAGUCUUUGGUACUAUGCUGCAGGGUCACUGGUUGGGUCUUGGGACUCGAUAGGCGCGGCGGGAAGGGCCGUCUUCGGGCUGCGCUACAACGUGGAAGCUGGAGGCGUUGUCGUAGAUCAAACCCAGAUUUGUGACUACGGGUUACAUCCGCAGGCUUUGAUUGAGUGCCGACGGCGAACUUUUUGGAUCGCAUUCGUGCUUGAUCGCUUCUCUAGCCUCUACUCCGCUUCUUCGACUUUCAUAUCGUCGGAUGCGGCAUUGCUGAGGCUUCCAUGCCGAGAAGAAAUCUAUGAAUCUCAACAAUACGCGACGGUACCCUAUUUCCAAUCCUUCCUCAACUACACCCCAAGUUCCCCCAGCAAUGACCGCUCCACACUAAGCCCGAUGGCCUUUUUGGUCGAGAUCAUGGCUAUUUGGGGGGAAAUCUCCCUCCACAUAAUCCGUUUACCGCACAUCCCCCGGAAUCAUAUAGUCGACUCGCCGAAGAAUUCCACAUCACCAUCCCAAUGGAUGAACCAACUCCCCGACUACCUCGUAUUUUCCCACAUAAACCUGGAACGAAGCAUUCGUCAAAGAAAAGCAGACACUUUCAUCUCCACUCAUCUAUUCUACCACGCCAGUUUGAUGAAACUAUACAGACACGCCCGCUACCAAAGCUUACAACCCGAAGUUCUCGGCCGGUACAUCCAUCGCGCUCGAUACCACGCCGUCGAGAUCCUCCGUAUAUCUCUCACCUUCGACGAAUACGCUAAGGACAUUAUUCAAUCCCGCCAUAACAUAGAGCCCUCUGUAUCCCAUAUGACUUUCCUGAACCCCUUCCUCGGUUACGUGAUCCUAUCGGCUGUCGAUGUCCUCAGCUCCGCUGGUCUUGCUUCUCAACUGAGCGAGUGUAUCUCAUACACUAGAGGCGCGCUCGCCACAGUCCAGGAACUGGGCCGCUACUGGGAUAGUUCUUUGCAACUAGUCUCAGCUCUCCACAGACGUCUGGGUCUGAUGAUUAAUUGUCUGAACGAGCGCAGCGCCUUCCCCGAGAAACAGGGCUUUGCUCUUGAUGGCCCAUCACUCGAGACUAAAGUCCACUCUGGCGCGUUGCAUUCCACCCCGCCGGGCACUCUGGGCGAGGAUCUUUUCACCGGAUCCAUGCCCAAAGAAGUCCUUUUGAAUGCUCUGCGACUUGACAAGACACUCAUCUCGGAGAGUGGUAUUGCCUGGAUAAGAGAUCCCUGA